CCCUGAAAAAACAGACCGAGUUGGUGAGUGUGUGUGUCACACUGUGUGAGAGAUAACCAGAGUUGGUCUCAGGAUGCCUGCGUACGCCACCAACAUGAGGUUCAAGUUCCCCAUUGUGGCCUUGGCUUUGGAGAUUGUCACCAUCAUACUGUUUGCGUUGUUUGCGGUCUAUGAUGACGGCAAAGGUCACGGGCACAGCGCACACUCCAAUGAAACUCAUCAUGAAGAGAAACCUUUGGAUCUCUAUCCCAUGUUUCAGGAUGUCCACGUCAUGAUUUUCAUCGGAUUCGGGUUCUUGAUGACCUUCCUGAAGAGAUACGGCUUCAGCAGCGUGGGCAUCAACUUACUCCUGGCCGCAUUCGGCCUGCAGUGGGGCCUCCUCAUGCAGGGCAUCUGGCACCUGGAUGACGGCAAGAUCAAAAUCAGCAUCUUCAAAAUAAUCAAUGCAGACUUCAGCACAGCUACAGUCCUGAUCUCCUUUGGAGCUGUUCUGGGUAAAACCAGCCCUGUGCAGCUCCUCAUCAUGACCAUCCUGGAGAUCACCAUCUUCUCCAUCAAUGAGCACCUGGUGGCAAAUGUUCUAAAGGCUAAUGACGUUGGGGCGUCCAUGAUCAUCCAUGCUUAUGGAGCGUACUUCGGCCUGGCAGUGGCUCGAGUGCUUUACCGACCAGGUUUAAGAAACGGACAUGAGAACGACGGAUCUGUUUAUCACUCUGAUAUGUUUGCUAUGAUUGGAACCGUCUUCCUGUGGAUGUUCUGGCCCAGUUUCAACUCGGCCAUUGCUGAACCGGGCUACACACAGCUCACCGCAGUUAUCAACACCUACCUCUCCCUGGCUGCCUGUGUGAUGUCUGCCUACGCCAUCUCCAGCCUCGUGGAGCACAAAGGAAAACUGGACAUGGUGCACAUUCAAAACGCCACUUUGGCUGGUGGCGUUGCCGUGGGAACGUGUGCUGACAUGAACAUCGAGCCAUUUGGGGCCAUGCUGAUUGGAUUAGUGGCUGGCAUCAUCUCCACCCUUGGCUUCAAGUUCCUAACUCCCAUCCUGUCAUCCAACCUGGGCAUCCAGGAUACCUGCGGUGUCCACAAUCUGCACGGCAUGCCCGGCAUCCUGGGUGGGUUGGCUGGUAUUGUGGCCGUGGCUUUGGGGAAGAAAGAGGGAGGUAGCGCUGCCAUGCAAGCUGCUGCCUUGGCUUCAUCCCUCGGGUUCGCUUUGGUUGGAGGUUUUCUUACAGGUUUUAUUAUGAAGUUGCCGAUCUGGGGACAGCCUCCAGACCAGAACUGCUUCGAUGACUCUAUUUACUGGGAGGUUCCCGAGGAGGAGGACGAGAACGAGGAGAGCUUGGCUCAUGCUGAUCACUCAAAGAACAAAGCAGAAGCUUAAAUGUCUGCCUAUCAUCCACUGAGCUCAAAGCUGAGAAGUAAAUGAUUAUUAACCAGCUACAUGAUGACCACAGACAUCAAUUUAGUCAAUUUUGAGACUGUUUUGUGAGCAAAGAUAUCUUCACGCAGGGUAUUUUUCUUCUGACAUUAUUUACAUUAAUCCCAUUUACAGUAAGAAAAAAAGAAUAUUUUAAGACUUUGAAAAGACAACAUCAACCUUCAGGGAUUUUUUUUUUUUUUAACACUGAAAGUUUUGAUUAAUUAUCUACAACAGUUGUGGGCCACACCAGUUAGUUUCACUGCUGAUACACAACUACUUCUAUAAGCUUUUCUUUAUGUCAUUUUAUAUUAUAAAAAGCAUAAAAGCAUGUUUUGAGAUAUUAGCAUAUUGUGUGUAUUUUUUCUUCAUACAUUCUUUUAUAUUUCCAUACACUUGGAGUAGGCAUUUUCUCUGCUGAGGCUUAAGUCAAAGAGAGGAGUUGAACUCAGCUUUGAUCUGCAGCUUCACGUUACCUCACUGGAGCCCAUUCCUUCAACUCGAAAAGGAGUCAGAGUCAGACUGUGAAACCAGCAACGUGGCUCUGACAUGGGCAGGGAUAGUCACAUGAUAUUCUUGUAACUAAUGAACCUCUGCGUGUCUUAUCUCCUGUUGCUUCCAAGCGUUUUCUGUCUAUCUGAGGGCAGCUGUACAACUUCUUUUAACGCCACGCAUUCAGAGCUGUGCAUUUACCAUUAGAUUGGUUGUCACACAAGCUGAGGAUUAUGGUGGGGGGGGUUUUUCCUUUUUACUAUUUACAUCAAAUGUAUUCUUACAUGUACAUACAGUUUAGUUCUUAGAUGGAUUGACAUGGUCAGUUUUAUCAAGGCCCUGCAAUGUCAGAAGAGCAACUGGUACUGAACUAAUUUCAGACAUCAUUUAUCAUCAUGGAGGACAGGCUUUUAGUGUGUUGAACAUCAAAGCAUAGGACUGCAGGGCUGGAUAAAACUGACUACACAUAGCGUUAAUCAAUAUUUUGGUUUGUCAAAUGAUUUAUGAUGCCCAGAACACUGAAAUGCAUCAAGAUUUUGUAUUUUUAUACAGCGGGCAUAUGCUCUUAUUUGUAUAAUAUACUAAUACUGUCAUAAUAAAUAUGUUUUUGUACAAUA